AUGGCCAUAGUUGUAGCCCGCCGUAUGUUUUCACUUGCCUUCACUGCUGAAGUUCGCCAUGCCGGAAAAGACUUGAGUUUGAACUUGGGUCAUUUGCUCGGGCCUACUCUUGGUGAUGGGAGUGGUUCAACAUCUGGGUAUGGGUAUGGCUCUGGCACUGGCCAUGGUUCUGAUUCGGGUGCAGGAUCCUCUAAAGGAUCGGGUAAGGGUUGGAGCUCGGAUCAAGACUUCGGCCACGGGUAUGGGCAGGGAUCCGGCUCAGGAUCUGGUUAUGAUCAAGGUGAUCAUAGCAAUGGGAGUGGCUCUAGCUCUGGCACUGAUUAUGGUUCUGGCUCUUGCGCAGGGUCCUCUAUAGGGUCUAGCUAG